ACAUGCUGCCUGGCCAAAAAGAUCUUUUUAAAUAAAUAAAAGCUGACCUCAGGAACAAACACUCCCCAGAGAUUGUUCUGCCAGUCCGUCAAACUGAGUAAUGCAUGGACCCCUUUUAAGGGGAAAAUAUUUCUCCCUGACUCCCAAUUUGAGAAACACUGCAUUGAAAACAAGAUUCUGUCUCUGAGCAAGCCCUUGACAACCCAGUUUUGAUCCCAGACACAGAUGGCACAGCUCGUUGGUACACAAGACUAGGCGAUCACGACUAUGUUCCCCUUAUGUGACCAUGCUCAAGGAUGCCUCCGGAUGGGGAAAAUAACGUUUUGGGCCAGCCUGUCACCAGGACAACCCAUAUCCCAAGACAGGCAGUUAACAAGGGUUGCCUCCAUGCCACCACCCUCCAACCCGCGGUGCAGCACCAAGCAGAAUAUGCAAAGCUAGCAUCUAGGAUGGUGUCUGGAAGUUGUGUUCUACACAUUUAAAGAGUUGGCUUAAAGAAUUAAGCACCGUCCCCUGGGGGUGGGGUUUGGGGAACCCAGAGCAGGACUUUGGGCUCCUCCAGAUCUCGGGCUUCCACUCUCACCCCUUUGUGCUCUUGCCCCUGCCUAACGGCCCUGCAGGGACUCCACCUAAAGACCCCUUAUAUCCCUCCCCGCUCAAAGCCCUCCCACGGUUUGCCAGCACCCACAGGACAAAGCCGGAUGGGCCACCAAUGAGCUCCACACUGGCUCUUUGGGGGCGGGAUUUUGGCGUGACUCUCUCUUGGCCUCAAUUUCCCAAUCUAUAAAAUGAGUUAAUGAGGAAUUUAAGACGUUAUGGAAGUGUUUUUUCAAAGCUUAAUCCAAGAAACACAGGUAUUGGCAGUGGUGUAGCAUGAUGAGGACUCUCACAGAGGGUCAGCCCAUCAUCUAAGACUUUUCGGUCUCCAUACCAGCACCCACCCCUGAUCUCCUGGAGCAGCCUGGAUUUAAACCUACAGUCUGGAGGCUUCCCCACCUCAAGACCAGCGAGAGUUCGCCCCCAAGACGUCUCCUAGGCCACGCCCCAGAGACCCCGCCUUCUCUUGACCGCGCCUCCUAGGCCCCUCCCAUGCCGGCUCCUCUUCCUCUCUAGGCCGGUUUCUUGGUCCCGCCUCCCCAUGCCCCGCCCUUUACAGGUCCUCUUUCGCAUUUGCUCCGCCCACUACCCCUCUGAUUCGCUAAGGCGCUAGGACCCACCUGGGCCUGCCCCUAGUUUUGCCUGAAGAGCGAAUCCCAAAUUCUGGCGGCGACAGUCCGGCCGGAGUCCAUCACUUAGGCCACAUUGAGGACAGUGGAGAGGUUAAGGAGGAUCGAAGUCCCCGCGGCAUGGGGCGACAGGAUGGGUUCCAAUCUCCCUGCUCAGGCGUGGGCGGGGCAACCAGGCACGCGCCACAAGAGAGGAAGGCCCCCGGCACAGGCCCCGGGUAUUUGUGUCAGCCCCGUCGCCACGGUCCCAGCCGAUGGGUCGGGAUACACGCUCGCGCUCGCGGUCGGCUGGUCGCAGGGGUCGAAGGCAACGGAGCCGGAGCGGGAAUCGGAGCCGAAGUCGGAGCGGAAGCCAUGGGCGGCGAAACCGGCGUCGCCGAGACGACGAGGAACGACGCAGACGGAGGCGGAGGAGUCGGGAUCGCAGGUCGGAUUCAGAAGAGGAGCAACCACGGCGAGGAAGGCAGACCCGGAGCCCCCCUCCUGCCCACCGGCACGCCCAGGACCACUCCUCUCAGUCUGACUCGAGCGAUGAGCAGCAGCAGCAGCAGCGGGGCCAGUGGGCUCACCGGCAGCGGCGGCAACGGACACGUUCCUGGUCCCCAGGCUCCUCAGUGUCCAGCUCCGCAUCCAGGGACCACUCACAGAGCCCCCGGGAGGCAGCGGCAGCAGCCCUGAGCCAGCAACAGAGCCUGCAGGAACGCCUGAGGCUGCGCGAAGAACGGAAGCAGCAGGAGGAGCUGAUGAAGGCCUUCGAGACUCCUGAGGAGAAGCGGGCACGCCGGCUGGCCAAGAAGGAGGCCAAGGAGCGGAAGAAACGGGAGAAGAUGGGCUGGGGCGAGGAGUACAUGGGUUAUACCAACACUGACAACCCCUUUGGUGACAACAACCUGCUGGGCACCUUCAUCUGGAACAAGGCCCUGGAGAAGAAGGGGAUCAGCCACCUGGAGGAGAAGGAGCUGAAGGAGCGGAACAAGAGGAUCCAGGAAGACAACCGUCUGGAGCUGCAAAAGGUGAAGCAGCUGCGGCUGGAGCGGGAGCGAGAGAAGGCCAUGCGGGAGCAGGAGCUGGAGAUGCUGCAGCGAGAGAAGGAGGCGGAGCACUUCAAGACCUGGGAGGAGCAGGAAGACAACUUUCACCUGCAGCAGGCCAAGCUUCGGUCCAAGAUCCGCAUCCGGGACGGACGGGCCAAGCCCAUCGACCUGCUGGCCAAGUACAUCAGUGCCGAGGACGACGACCUGGCCGUGGAGAUGCAUGAGCCCUAUACCUUCCUCAACGGCCUCACGGUGGCUGACAUGGAGGACUUGCUAGAGGACAUCCAGGUCUACAUGGAACUCGAGCAGGGCAAGAACGCAGACUUCUGGAGGGACAUGACAAUCAUUACAGAGGACGAGAUCUCCAAGCUCCGAAAGCUGGAGGCCUCGGGCAAGGGGCCAGGUGAGCGGCGAGAGGGGGUCAACGCCUCAGUCAGUUCCGACGUGCAGUCAGUCUUCAAGGGGAAGACAUACAGCCAGCUGCAGGUCAUCUUCCAGGGCAUCGAGGGCAAGAUCCGGGCUGGGGGCCCCAACCUGGACAUGGGCUACUGGGAGAGCCUGCUCCAGCAGCUGCGGGCCCACAUGGCACGUGCCAGGCUCCGGGAGCGGCACCAGGAUGUGCUGCGGCAGAAGCUGUACAAGCUGAAGCAGGAGCAGGGUGUGGAGAGCGAGCCGCUAUUCCCCAUCCUCAAGCAGGAGCCGCCAUCUCCCGGCCACAGCCUGGAGCCUGAGGACCCAGCCCCCACCCCGCCUGGGCCCUCGGAGGGCGGCCCUGCAGAGCCGGAGGCCGAAGGGGCCACACCAGCGGAGGGCGAGGCAGACGGGGAGGCGGUGCUCAUGGAGGAGGACCUGAUCCAGCAGAGCCUGGACGACUAUGACGCCGGCAAGUACAGCCCGCGGCUGCUCACAGCGCAUGAGCUGCCGCUGGAUGCCCACGUGCUGGAGCCGGACGAGGACCUGCAGCGCCUGCAGCUGUCGCGGCAGCAGCUUCAGGUCACAGGCGACGCCAGCGAGAGUGCAGAGGACAUCUUCUUCCGGCGAGCCAAGGAGGGCAUGGGCCAGGACGAGGCCCAGUUCAGCGUGGAGAUGCCGCUGACCGGCAAGGCCUACCUGUGGGCGGACAAGUACCGGCCGCGCAAGCCGCGCUUCUUCAACCGCGUGCACACCGGCUUCGAGUGGAACAAGUACAACCAGACGCACUACGACUUCGACAACCCACCACCCAAGAUUGUGCAGGGCUACAAGUUCAACAUCUUCUACCCCGAUCUCAUCGACAAGCGCUCCACGCCCGAGUACUUCCUGGAGGCCUGCGCCGACAACAAGGACUUCGCCACGCUCCGCUUCCAUGCCGGGCCGCCCUACGAGGACAUCGCCUUCAAGAUCGUCAACCGCGAGUGGGAGUAUUCGCACCGCCACGGCUUCCGCUGCCAGUUUGCCAAUGGCAUCUUCCAGCUCUGGUUCCACUUCAAACGCUACCGCUACCGGCGGUGAUGGCCGGGACCCCUCCUGGAGCCCCACGACCCAGAGAGGGCUUGUGCAGAGCCGGCAGCCUCCCCUGGCGGGGCCUGGUCCUCGCAGGGCGCCCCCCACUUCCCUGCAUGAACAGGUCCCACUUCCCUGCGGAGCCUACCUGGGAAAGCUGAGGGACGCACAGACAGGUGGGCCUGUGGCACUGGAGGGGCUGCUGGGGGUUUUCAGAGCCCAGGGACCCGGCAGGUGUCGCCAGACCUCGGUCCCUGGGCUGACGCUGAGCCCCAAGCGAGACAGGCCCCACAUCAGCCAUCUCAAGUCAGGGCCUCAGGGCCAGCAGGGAACUCACUGGCCCAGGUCGCUGAUGGGUGGGUGUGGGACCAGUGGGACCCAGGCUCCAGGGCCUUGAGUGCAUGCUCCCCAAGAGGCCAUCUGGGGAUGUCUGAGCUCUCAGGUCCCCCAGCUCACCCCCUGUGCUGGCUGGGGGUCAGUCUCCUCCCCAUGGGCACGGAGGUCCCGUUACUGCCCACUAUCAAGUCUGGGAGCAAUAUCCUUCCAUAGCUGCCGCUCCGGGGGCCCCAUCUGGCCUGGGCAUUCUCCUGUCCCUUAAGGAUGCCACCCAGAGCCGCCCUCCUUGUCCCCAAGUCUUGGAUGGGGACAGUGGAGAGUCUGACAGGUACAAUCUCUCACCAGGUCACAGAGUGCCAGUGGGGCCCCAGGCCGGCCCCCACUCCUGCCCCGCCCCAGAAACAGGCUGCUUUUUAACAAUUUCUUAUGGAGACAUUUCCAGCCUCAAGUGAGAAGAAGCCUGAAGGGCUGCCUCCACUCCUCAGACAGCGUGGUCCAGACACCUUAUUUCAUCUGGAAAUAUGUACAUUUCAGGUUGUUUCUCUACAAAGAUUUUUUUAGGUGGGGGGAGAAAAAUCUUGUUUAUUUUCCUUUAAUUGGUCUACUUGUGAGAGUGCAUGUUUUUUUAAUAAACAUUUUAUUUUAGAAUAA